UUAUAUUGAUUAAGUUUAAAUUAAAUUUAAUUUCUAAGGUCCGUCUACAUUACUAGAUUAAAUUCCAUUUGAGGUUAGUUUUGAUUUCUGGAACUGUGCUUUAUUUAUAUUACCUUCAUAAUAUUUAUUUUCAAUUAGUAACUACAAGUAUGCAUACGUUUGAAUUUGUUUCUCUUUGUUAUUUAAUUACUAGGCAUAAAAAGGCUCAAAAACAGGUUAAAAUGAGUUAUUUUAAAGUUUAUUUUCGGCACUGCAAAUUAUUUGGAAUUUUACAAAAAAAAUUGUGAUUUCCUACAUAAAUACAAUGUAUAUUGUCAUAUAAAAAUAUUUGGAUUAUUAUUUCUCUAAGUAUAAAAAACAAAAACGUACCUACCGGGAACCAAAAGCAUGUCUCUACCAAAGAAUCUUUUUAUAUGUAUGUAUAUGUUGGACGAAUUUUCUGGCUCAAUAAAUAUGCAAAUUGGUGCUCAUUGAACUGUAACUAAUAUUCAGUAUGAUGCUCGUACAACCCAACAGGUUGAAGAUCAAAUUUUUCAAGGGGGAUAUAAACAUUGAUCCUGGGAUAUCAUGUGGUGUUAGGAUUAAUGACUACAUAAUGUCAAAUACUAGGGUUGUGGCUAGUAAUAAACGAGUUUCAACAUGGAAUGUUGGGUAUCAGAAAGAGAAGAAACAGAAGACAGAAACAAGUGUGCUGGCAAUGUGUUCCUCAAUUUUGGAAGAUUUGAUAUCUCAUGAAUUUGGUUGGAUUUUCAACCAACCAGUUGAUCCUGUUGCGCCAAACAUUCCUGACUACCUUACGAUCAUUACUAAACCCAUGGACUUGGGAACAAUAAAAUCUAAGCUGGAAAAGAAUGACUAUUAUGGCGUUGAAGAGUUUGCGGCUAACGUCAGAUUGACUUUUUCCAAUGCCAUGCACUAUAAUCCUCCUAUCAAUGAUGUUCAUGCAAUGGCAAAGACAAUGAACUGUAUUUUUGAGAAAAAAUAUAAAGUUUUGCAGAAUAGGUUCAGAUCAGACACUUUAUUAAUAGAUACCAUGCAAAAGUGUGACCCGCCAGCUCUUUCGGUUAAUAGGUCAGCCCCCAAGAGGUCACUCCCUUCCAAAGGAAAGGUUGUUAGAUGUUCUUCCGAGGCAAGAAUUGCUGAUCUAGUUGAACACCCUAAAACGAAUACCAAUUCUAUGCAAAAGUUGGGGAAGAACAUCGUUAAAGGUACUGACAAGAGCAGUAGACGACCCUUGUCUCUGUCAAUGCAAAAAAACCAUCUACUAUAACUCUCAAGCAAUGCUGCCACAAUGGUCAGUGGAUUUCUAUCCUUUUUUAUUGUGGCUGCUAUGUUGUUAACUAACUCAUGGAUGUCACUAUCAAACAAUUCAUCUGUGGGCUCUCCCUGUCUUGGUUCAGAAAUUUCUUCAGACAAAUCACUGGGAAGAGAUCAUCCUUGUAGCGCAACCUCUAGAACUGAUCGUGGACCUAGACCUGAUCCAGAAUCUCUGAGAGAGAAUAUAACUUAAUCUAGAGAAGAAUCUACUCCAACUGUAAAACUAUCAUUGCAAGACGCCCUUUGUACUGCAAAAGCUGUUGCUGCAAAAUUGAAAAGCUAAUUAGGAUUUUUUUUCCCGAACUUUAACAUGUUCCAAAUCAUGAUCCUGAACUUUUUUGGCCGUUAAAAAUUGGACAAAUAUCCUUAAAUCUAACAAUCUCAAUAGUUCGGGGAGAAUUUUUAACGGCCAAAAAAGUCAAGGGGCAUGAUUUGGUACAUGUCAAAGUUCAGGGGAAAAAUUCCUAAUUAGCCAAACUAAAAUCCCGUUAUGCAGACACUAUUUUGAAAGUUGAAGACAAUCGCUGCAUUGACUCCUUUAAGACUAGUCAGGGCGAUAAAAUAACUAACCUUGAGAAGUUAAAGCACACAAAGGAAUUGGAACAAGGCAACAUGAAGUUGAAGGUAAUUUUAGUACUGAAGCUUGUUGUAGAAUAUUGCAGUUUCUGGGUUUGAAGGCAACAUGGAAAAUUUUGCCCCAAUUCAUAUAUUCUUAUCUUAAAAAUGUCUUCUUUUUUUUUUCCUUUUCUACAUUGUAUAUAAGGAAACUGGUAAGAGCAUUACUUUUGCUCUCACCACCCAUGAGAAGCAUUUUUUAGGACAUUUUAUUGGUUGAGUUGGUGUAUUGAAGCGUGGUAGUAUACGAUAUAUUAUUUUUCCUUAAAUUGUGGGCAUUUUCAUAUUUUUUAAUUUGAUGAAUUGUAUUCUAUUAUUCUAUGUUUUUUUUUUCUUUUUGAUUCGUCUUCUUCUAAUUUAUUAUCGACCAAGGCUAGAGAUAUUCAUAUAUAAUUAAACACCAGUCCUAGUGUAAAAGAUAUUCAUAUAUAAUUAAAGUUGAGAAACAAAUCAAGGCUAGAGACAGACAAAUAGCAAAUUUUAUUUAACAGUAUACAUGAUAAAUUAUAUAAAGAAUUUUAGGAUUGAAUUGAAAACAAAUAUACAAGACAAUAAUGUAUAGAAACAAAUAACAAAGAAAUGAAUAAUGAUUGUAUAUUAAUUAGAGUAUAUAAUUAAUCAGAGGAAUCUUGAAUGCUUGCAUUCAGCAGGAAGUUUGGCUUUGGGGAAGCGUUUCAAGUCAGUGCAGUAAUUGUAAACCAUGAACUUCUGCUGCACCCAUCGCAGCCUGUUUCGCCCGGCCGCAUCCAGCCCUUGAUUCUGCCACGUGGCGUCAUUAAAGCCACCGGACUUAUUGGCAUCGCAACUGGACUUUCCGGCAGACCAAACACAUGCAUUGGCCUUGAAGUUAGCGUAUGAAGCAGUGAAAGGAGCUUUGGUCCAAUCAGUCUUGACAAGGCCACCUCUUGUAGCCCAAUCAUCUGCAUUCCACAAGCUUGAGUAAAUCCUCAUUGGUUGGUUUUUGGGGAAUGGUACUCCUGUUGAUGACUCCAAGUUGUUGAACACUCUUAUUGGAAUGUUGUCCACCAUAAAUCUAAU